UCCAUUAACGAGUCAUACAAAUCAAAGAAAAUCAAACCGCUCUGUUUCGGAGUCCCUUUCUUUCUUUCUUUCCGAUCUCGCAGAUUCCAGUAUUUAUUUUUCCCUCGAUGUUUCUCUUCAUUUUUUUUAUUUUCUCAGUAAAAAAUCAAUUAAAAGAAAAUUUAAAUUUGUUGAUCUGGAUCCAUGAGUAUUGGCGAUUUUAUAGUAUUCAUCCAUCAGAGCUUAAAUUCCCAUUUGAAUUGAGGAGGCAAAGUGUUUGUCAUAUGCAAUUGACCAACAAGACAGAUAAAUAUGUUUCUUUCAAGGUUAAAACAACCAACCCUACGAAAUAUUCCGUCCGUCCCAACUCUGGUAUUGUUCUGCCUGGAAGUUCAUGCAAUGUCACUGUUACCAUGCAAGCUCAAAAGGAGGCACCUCCUGAGCCAUGCAGGGACAAGUUCCUCAUACAGAGUGUUAUUGCUCCUGAUGGUUCAACCAACCAAGACAUGACCCCAGAAAUGUUUAACAAAGAGGAUGGUCGGGUCGUGAAGGAAUUCAAAAUGCGAGUCAUCUACAUUCCUGCUAAUCCUCCCUCUCCUGUUCCUGAAGGCUCUGAAGAGGGGACUCCUCCCAGAGCAUCUUCACAAGAAAACGGGAAUCAAAAUUUUGAAGAGGUAUCAAGAUCUUUAGAGGAUACUAAAGAGAAGUCCUCAGAGGCAUGGUCUGCAAUUUCGAAGUUGACAGACAAGAAAGCUUCUGCUUUGCAACAAAAUCAGAGGCUACGUCAAGAACUGGAAAUGAUGAGAAAAGAUAUCAGCAAGAGUCGUUCUGGUGGCUUCUCUCUAAUGUUUGCGAUACUAGUUGGUCUUCUUGGGGUCUUGAUUGGGUAUCUUGUUAAGAGAUCUUAGACUCGAAUUAAAAAUUGACGGAGCAAGCAGUAAUUAACCACUGUUUUCAAAAUGAUGUUUUUCAUGACUUUUAGGUUCUUGCCUUUUACUGUGUAAAAAUUGUAGCCCUGAUGAAAUGUGUUAAUCGGUAGUUAAAUGAUUGAUAGUUCAAGU